AUGGAAAGACUUGUUCGAGUAGUCAAAGAACUCCUUAGGAGAACAUUGGGCAGAGCUGUUCUUACCUAUGAAGAACUGGAAACAUUUAUGUGCGAAUGUGAAAGGGUAGUAAAUUCGCGACCUGACAUAUUUAUCCGAAGAUACAGAAGACUUAUUUCACUUACACCUGCCAUGUUUCUGACCGAUAGAUCCAAUUUAGAUGUAACUGAUAUAGACACAGUAGACACCAAUCAUCUCAGGAAAAGAAUCAGAUUUCGUGCAAAAUUAAUGGAAGAUCUCCGAGUACGUUUUCGAAAGGAAUAUUUAUUAGGACUACUUAUUCAGCAACGACAGCAAAAUUCACACUUUCCAAAUAUUCGAGUGAAUGACGUUGUGUUGAUAGGAGAUGAUAUCAAAAGAUUGAAUUGGCCGUUGGCUAGGGUUACGGAACUGAUUCCAGGAAAAGAUGGUAAAGGGAGAACAGUUAGAUUAAGAACGCAAAUUAACAAUUUGGUACGUCCGAAACAACGAGUGUUUCCUCUAGAAAUCCAAGAUGAUGAUUUGUCAGGUUCAUGUCAUCCAAGUGAUCCUCAAAAAACAUCAGUCUGGUGUAAAGUCUUCAGUUUCUCAGAGUGGAGAUGA